AUGCCGUACCCUUUCACGCUUGGCAGCGUGCUCCUGCGCACGCAGCGAACAAGUCUCCCGCGCACCUUCUGCCGCCACAAGUCCAUCACCGCCGCCAUCGAGAAGGGCCGGGGGAGCGGACCCGAUCGCUUUGCAGCCUCACGACCCAGCAGCCGCACGCGCACGGGCUUCCGCGAUGCCCAGGCGACGUCCACGCGCGGAGAAGGGCCCGAGAGAGGCAGGUCACGGCCGUCGCGCAGCAAGUCGUCGCUUGGCGCCCGGCGCCGGAGGUGGGAGGACGAGGAUGGCCAUGUCGCGCCCCGACGGAAAGAGCUGCGAAAGAGCGGAGGGCGGCCAGACGAGUCGGCUGUUGACCGUCGCAUAAAAGACCAGGACAGCGAGCGGCCCUCACAUGGGCGGUCUGGUGCUGGUGAAGGGAGACCGAGCCGAUUCGAGGGCGAUGCAGACGACAGACGGCAACGCAGGCCAGAGAGGACGUUCGAUCGCGAUGAAGACGACAGACGGCAACGCAGGCCAGAGAAGACGUCCGGUCGCGGCGAGAGAUCAGAUGACAAGCGCUCGCCGCGAACCUUUGACCGCCACGACCGACCUGACGACCGCCGACCCGCAAGAACCUUGGACCGCAACAACAGAUCUGAUGACCGCCAACCCGCAAGAGCCUCGGACCGCGACGACCGACGAUUGCCAAGGACGGACCGCGACGACAGAACCGCGCAGGCUGACCGGCCACGCCGCGGCAGAGACGACGACACCGACGCACGACCGCAGAGGACCGCCGUCCGCGACCGCGCUCCCGAAUCUCUCCCCUACACCACCGCUGCCUCCGAGUUUAUCUACGGCUACUCCUCCGUUCUCGCCGCCAUCCGCGCCAACCGCCGCCAAUACUACAAACUCUACGUCAACUCCCGCGGCCUCAACCGCGACAUCCUCCUCGCCCGCGCCAAAGCCUCCAACCUGCGCCACAUCACCCGCGAGGUGGGUGACCAAUACGACCGCGCUUUCGACAAAGCCUCCUCCGGCCGCCCUCACAACGGCUUCAUCCUCGAGGCAUCGCCCCUGCCCGUCCCGCCCAUCACCGAGCUGAAAGAGUGCUCCAAGGAGGAGGGCAAGUUUGAAGUCGUCCUGGGCCCGCAGACAAAGGAAGAACUGGCCGUCAACGGUACCCGCACGGCCUACCGCUACAAGACCUCUUCCUGGCGGUACCCACUGAUCCUCUACCUCGACGGCGUGCUCGACGAGGGCAACCUCGGCGCCAUCGCCAGGUCCGCCUACCUUCUCGGCGUCGAAGCCAUCGUAACCCCGACUCGGCAGUCAGCACCCUGGUCGCACAUCGCAGUCAAAGCAUCCGCCGGCGCCGCCGAAGCGAUUCCCAUCUUCAAAGUCAGCGAGCCCGCCGACUUCCUCGGCAAAGCAAGCAGAAACGGAUGGCGAUGCUACGCCGCCGACGCCGUGGACCCACCCAGGGGAAAAGAAGCAGACACAGCCGACGAAACGAGCGACAUCGUCUACACCCUCGCCCGCUCCCCCAAGCGCCUCGACCCCGACCACAGCCCCGUCGCCCAACACCCCACCAUCCUGAUGAUGGGCGCCGAGGGCACGGGACUCAAGACCAGUCUGCUCAACAUCGCGCACUACAAGGUCGGCAUCAAGCAUGGCCGCGAGGUGGACGAAGUGGGUGUCGACUCGCUGAACGUCAGUGUUGCCGCUGGCCUGCUCUGCCACGACAUGCUGAAGCGGAGGAAGGUUGUGGAGCGAGAUCCUGAGAAUGUUGUAUUCUGA